AUGGGUCUUCCCCUCUUGGUGCCCUUCAUCCACCCUGACUUCCAUCAAGUGUUCGAGAGAAUGCCUCUGGGCGACAAGCUCAGCUUCCUCUACGUGCACUCGCUGGACAGACUGGGGCUGUGGCACAGGCUGCCGGUGUUCCUGGGGCUGACCUACUUGCAGCAGCGCCGGACGCUGCACAACAAGUACAACCUGCGCGCCGUCGGGGAGAGCGAGACGACUCCGUUCGACCCCAAGGACUACGCGUACCGGACCGAUGACGGGGAGUUCAACGACCCGAACAACAGCAAGGCCGGGAGCCAUAAUGCCUUCUUCGGAAGGAACACGCUCCCUCAGGAUCAAAACGAUCCAUUGCUGUGUCCCCAUCCGGCGAUCGUGGCGAGGAAGUUUCUGGACCGGAGAGGAACUUACAAAGACACCGGCAAGCAGUUCAAUCUGAUUGCAGCGUCAUGGAUACAGUUCAUGGUGCAUGAUUGGAUUGAUCAUCUCGAAGACACUCAGCAGCAUGCAAUUGCUUAUGCUGAGGGUGAGAAAUACUAUGGAGCAAAAGCAACAAUUAAUGUCUGGCAGCCAAAGGUCCAGGAAUUCAAUGAGUUCAGUCUCUCUCAGCUCUGGAUAUUAGGGGGCUCUUUUGGGGAGGAUCUUAACAGCAUUGAAGUUGGUUGGCAGGUCAGCCCAGAUCUGUAUGGGGACAAUUACACAAGGCUUUUUACUUAUUGGACUGAUCCUAAGGAGGGGCACUGGUGGAUGCAAUUUGGGAGGGACUAUGUGCUUGGCUACUGGCCUUCCUUUCUCUUCUCCUACCUGGCAGAUAGUGCGUCAAUGAUCCAAUGGGGAGGGGAGGCUGUGAACUCUGAGCCAGAUGGUGUGCAUACUUCCACAGAGAUGGGGAGUGGGCACUUCGCUGAAGAAGGAUACAGCAAGGCGAGCUACUUCAGGAACAUUCAGAUAGUUGAUGGUUCUAACAAUCUAAGAGCUCCAACAAGGAUCGGAUCCUUCACGGAGCAAUCGGAUUGCUACAAUGUGCAGAAUGGGAACAAUGGUGAAUGGGGAAUAGCUGAAACAGUUCAGGUUUACGGUCUUAAACAUUCCAAAUUUCCAACACAAAAAGAUGGCAAAGCUUCAAGCAGAUACAAUGAUUCCCCGAAGCAGAUGAACAAAAAGCAAAUCCCAUUAAGGAAACAAGAUCACUUAGUAAUCUUCAGGAUCUUCCCCGUCUUCAUCUGCACCUUCUGCGCCAACCUCCUCUGUGGUCCAGGGGCGGACCAGAGAAAUGCGGUCCAGAAAUUCCUCCCCACAAAAGAGAUCCCCACACACAAAGACUUGAUCACUGCCGGUCACUCGAACAUCCGUACUGCUUGGUGGGAUGGAAGUGCCAUCUAUGGGAGCGAAGGGAAGAAAGAAAUGGCGGUGAGGACCUACGUCGACGGCAAGUUGAAGCUAGGCGACAACAAUCUCCUUCAGCACGAUCCCGUCACCGGAAUCGCCAUUUCCGGCGACAUCCGCAACAGCUGGGCCGGCGUCUCCACGCUGCAAGCCCUCUUCGCCAAGGAACACAACGCUGUUUGCGACGCACUCAAGGCAGAGUAUCCCUAUCUGGACGACGAGGAACUGUUCCGGAAAGCAAGGCUGGUGACUUCGGCCGUCAUCGCCAAGAUUCACACCAUCGACUGGACGGUGGAGCUCCUCAAAACCCACACUAUGAAUGCUGCCAUGCAUGCCAACUGGUAUGGAUUGCUGGGGAAGUGGGUGAAAGAAAGGUUUGGGCACAUUGGAGGAGAAGCCCUCGGAGGACUCGUCGGUCUGAGCCAACCGAAUAACCACGGGGUCCCCUACUCCCUGACGGAAGAGUUCACCAGCGUUUACAGAAUGCACCCUCUUCUUCCAGACUCUCUCCACCUCAGGAACAUCAACACCACUCCUGGACCGAAUAAAUCCCCACAGUAUCUCAAAGAAGUCAAGAUGGAGGAGCUAGUGGGGAUCAGAGGCGAGUCGAAAUUGGGCGAGAUCGGGUUCGAGAGGCAGUUGGUGUCCAUGGGACACCAGGCUUGCGGCGCCCUUGAGCUGUGGAACUACCCGUUGUUCUUUAAAGAUCUCAUCGCCCAGAACGUCGACGGAACAGAGAGGUCAGAUCACGUCGACAUGCCUGCUCUGGAGAUCUAUCGCGAUCGCGAACGGAGCGUCCCACGGUACAACCAAUUCCGCAGGGGCCUGCUGAUGAUCCCGAUUUCGAAAUGGGAGGACUUGACGGACGACAAGGAAACGGUCCAAGAUCUGCGCGAAGUCUACGGGGAGGACGUCGAGAAGUUGGACCUGCUCGUAGGCCUCAUGGCGGAGAAGAAGAUCAAGGGAUUCGCCAUCAGCGAAACUGCUUUCUUCGUCUUCAUUAUCAUGGCAUCGAGGAGACUGGAAGCUGAUCGAUUCUUCACGAGCUACUUCAACGAGGAAACGUACACGAAGAAGGGGUUUCAGUGGGUGAACUCGACGGAGAGUUUAAGGGAUGUGAUCCAACGCCACUAUCCCAGCAUAGCUUCGACAUGGAUGAACUCCACGAGUGCAUUCUCCGUGUGGGACGCUCCUCCCAACUCCUUCAAUCCCGUUCCAUUGCUCCUGAGGUUUCCCAGUUAAAAAGCGACGAUCGAGCUAGAAGAUAUACAGAUUCAAGCGUGCUAAUUAAUUUUAAGUUG